AUGAGCCGCCACCCUCCUAUCAAAUGGGCCCAGAGGUCCGAUGAGAUCUACAUAACGGUUGAGGUACCUGAUGCCCAGGAUGUGAAGCUUAUACUUGAGCCAGAAGGAAAAUUUUACUUCUCUGCUACUCGUGGUGCAGAAAAGAUUCCUUAUGAAUUUAACAUUGAUCUCUUUGACAAGAUUGAUGUGAAGAAUAGCAAAACUACUGUUGGUUUAAGAAAUAUCUUCUACAUAGUGAGUAAAAUUGAGAGCAAAUGGUGGAGCAGAUUGUUAAAGCAAGGAGGAAAACCUCCAGUAUUUUUGAGAGUAGAUUGGGAAAAGUCGGUUGACGAAGAUGAGGAGCAAGAAGAAGAUAAACCUGGAACUGACAUGGACUUUGGCAACUUUGCUUUUUCUAAGCUGGGCAUGGGUGUGGGUGAGGAUGAUGUGGAAGACGAUCAUGAUGUUGGAUUUGAUGAGAGUGAUGCAGAAGAGCUCACAGAUCAAGCAUCAGGUAAAAAUAAACCUGACAAUGACAAUAAAAGACUCAGUGGGCAAUGGUCUUUCAAGGAUUACAUGAAGAAACAGACACAGGAUGAUUCUCUAACAGAAUAA